CUUUAACGACCUUAGGUAACCCAAGUUUGCCGCAGUGGUUAAACAUUUUGGCUUGCUUGGAGUUUCUGGCAUGUGGACUAGUUUUUGAUGGCAAUAAGCCCAGAAUCAAACUUCGACCUUAAAGCAGAUCCUGGAAGCGCAUCAUUUUCUGAUUCUGGUGUAAGCAGCAGUUUCUCUUUAAAAACAAAUGCGAGUGCCUCUGUGUCAAUCAUUCCCUCCCCUCCUUUAUCUGGAUUUCCUGGAUGCACAGAUUCAAAUGGUUCCCCAUCACUUGAUCAGCCAUAUCUAAAUUUCCCAAAUAAAACUUACCCAGGAUUUUCGGACUGUAGCAAUUUACCUAUGUCUGCUAAUCACCCAUAUCCUUUGCCGUCUAGACAUUCUUUUCCUCAAGGUUUUUUACCCAGUCCACCGUCAGCCUAUGCUUCAAAUUACACCUCUUCACAUGGCGUUUCAAAUUCGUUCUAUCAACGUCAGGUUCCGUCCACCAUUUGUUCAGCUCCCAACAGCAACUACGGUUUGUCACAGAUAUUUCCUCAUGAUAUGUUACAAAAUUCCAUGCUUGUCAACAGGGAUCAACAUAACGGUUCUGUUAGUUCGUUAGAAGGUCAUUUUUCCCAGCAUCCUGACCAUGGACAGUUUCCUUAUUCAGAUCCGUUCCAUCCUUCUGAUUUACGUCCACUUCACAUCACUACGUCACCUCGUCAGUUGGGUCCCCACAACAGCCAUACUAAUAUGGGUGAUGUAACCUGUACAGAUUCUAUUGUAAAACUUUCACCUCGAGGUUCUCCUAACGGCGUACCCGAUCAUUCUAUUACGCCUUGUGGAACAGUCAGCUCUGGUCCUGGGUCAUUGGUUAACUGCAGAUCAUCUAGAACCAUAGAAAGAGGUUCUGAAGUAUCUGCUGCUGAUAGUAAUUCUAACGUUGGAUCCAUAAAGGCAACAUUCACUCCUUGCAAGGUAUGUGGUGACAAAGCAAGUGGCUACCACUAUGGGGUGAUUUCUUGUGAAGGUUGCAAGGGUUUCUUUCGUCGAAGUAUUCAAAAACAAAUUGAAUAUAAAUGUUUAAGAGAUGGAAAAUGUCUUGUAAUACGUUUAAAUCGUAAUCGUUGUCAAUAUUGCCGUUUUCGUAAAUGUCUUGCUGCUGGUAUGUCAAAAGAUAGUGUACGAUAUGGUCGAAUGCCAAGACGAACACGUGGUUCUGACUGUGGAAGAGAUGGUUCAGAUCAGCUAAUGUCAAUGCAGCAUAAUCCAUCUACAAAUUCAAUGAGAAUUGAUUCAACUAUUGGUAAUGGUAGUGGACACGUUUCCGCUUUUAUUCCACCACCUUCAUGUACAUCAGAAUUAUCAGGUAAUUCAGCAGUAGUGGGAGCGGCAGCGUCAACGACAACAACAACUACAAAUACGACUACUGGUCGUUAUGGUGUAUGUAGUAGACCAGGGAAUGAUCAUCUUGGUUUAUAUGAAACUAUACUAACUAUAAGUCAAGCUUAUCAAAAUUUCUCUCCAUAUACUGAUGAAAAGAUUAAAGUUAUGCGAUGCAGACCAAUCACUUUGUCGAAUGUGACACGUGAAUUUUGGCCUGAAAAAGUGGAUGAGCAUCGAUUACGUAUGCAUGAAGAAUUAAGUCAAUUAUUGGCACCAUGUAUACAACAUGUUGUAGAAUUUGCUAAACGUAUCCCUGAAUUUAGUUCACUUGGUCAACCAGAUCAAUUGGUAUUAAUUAAAGCAGCAUUUUUUGAAGUAUGGCUUGUUCAAGCAUCACGUUUAAUAUCAACAAAUGAUCGUAAAAUAACACUAGCUGAUGGGAAACAAAUUACUAAGCAAGAAUUAGAUUUUAUAUAUUCGCCGAGUGUUGUGUGUUCAAUUUUUUCAUUCUCCGAAAAUUUCAAUUCAUUAGUGCUGAAUGAUACCGAAGUUGCUCUUUGUUGUGCUGCUGUCAUCACUAAACCAAAUCGUUACGGUUUGAUUGAACCGAAUAAAGUAGCCAUUAUCCAAGAUCAUCAUUUAGCUGCUCUUCGUAUGCAAUUAGAACGUAAUAGACCAAGAGAGGCUACAUUAAUUGGACAAGUACGAAAUGUGAUUAAUCAAGUGACUACAGUUGGAGAUGAAGUACAGUUAUGUAUUCGAUGGUAUAGAGAAAAUUGGUACCGCACACGAUUAGCACCAUUAUAUGCUGAAACAUAUGAUAUUCCACAUGAAGAUACUUCCACUGUACCUAUAUCCAAUCAGGGUGCACCAACACCUCUUCCUAAUCCUUCUCAACAUACAGGUAAUUCAUAUCCUAUAUGUCCAAAUAUUUCAUCUGUUUGUCCACAAGCUAUUCCAUAUGGUGAUGUCACAAAUACAACACCGUUAAAUUAUGGUUCUUCAACAGUAUCUAUUCCACAAGCUGUUCAUCAUCAUUAUCCAAAUCAAUCUAUUAAUAGAUCGGAUAUUUCCAAUAUGAUGCCAUCUUGUUCAAUUAACGAAAACAUGAUUUACUGCAAUAAUAGCAAUAAUAGUAAUGGAAAUAGAAUUCAAACAGGUAAUAUUGAUCAUUGUUCUUCUGAUGGUCAAAUACACGAUGUUACUCAAAAACAAAACUCACAACAUCAAAUUCAUCAACAAUCACAUUUAAUUCCAGAUUCAUCUCAUAUGAGAGGAUCUUAUUCGUCAACUACAAAUUUGACAUCGAAUUCUGAUUCACCUUUAAAUAAUCAGUCACAUCCAUUUUCUGGACAAUUUAAUUAUCAUGAUAAUUCAAUGACCUAUAAUCCAUCCAAUUCGAAUGCAUAUUCAAAUUCCAGAGAUUGUUCUCCUUCUUCUACGCAAAUGCUUUCAACAAACUACUUGGUGCCAUCACCUCAACAACAACAACAACAACAACGAAGUCAAGUGUCUGCUUUACAAUCAUCUCAAUACUCUUGUUCUUCAGCAAUAACCUCACCUCAACGUCAAGUCACUUCAUCAGUGCAAUCAACAGGAAUGAUAUCGACACAAAAUCAAAAUGAUCACAUGAAUUUAAAUAAAUCAAUAAUUUCGGUUAAAAACCAUAGUUCACGCUCUAAUACUCCUACACCUUACAAUAAUAAUAUAAUUCAUCCUAGUAGUACAAAUGAAAGUUUGCCACCUUUAUGGACAAAUAUGAAUCCUGACAGUAAUAAUAAUAAUGGUAAUAAUGGUCUAAAUGAUCAUACAAUCAGUUCAAAUGGUGAAACACCAGAAAUCCAACAGCAAUCACACCAUCAACAAUAUCAUACCUCACCAAUCUCACAAUCAGAUCUGAUGAAUACUACUCCUGACACUAACCAUAACUUAAAUGCAUUAUCUUCACCUAUCAAUGAAACCUUAUCAUGUGAACAACAAGAUGCAUAGAUCUUUGAUGAAUUAUUGUAACAUGAAAUUUCUCCUGGAAAAUACGUAAAAUAAAACUUGUCAAAAGAGACUACCCAAACUCUCAUCAUUGGAUUUAUAACAGAAAUAAAGGAAACAAUUUGUAAAACUUUAUUUUACAAUUGACAUACUUGUAUUCAAUCCUCACCUUCGCAAAUUCAAUUCUUCUAAUUCUCAGGGAAUUCUCCUCUAUAAACCAACAACUUUAUUUUUAAGCAUUACAUAAUAGAAAACCAAAAACACAAAUGUAAUACAGUCAGUUACUUACCUGUCCAUCAACUAUACAAACUUACAUUCAAAUACAUACUUAUGAUGUAUGUAUGAUAUACACGUGUGUUUACAUGUCAUAGUGAUUAAUUUAUUGUGGUUCACUGUAUUUUUUUUAAAAAUUACAAAUAUUCAUCUCAGGAACUAGAGAUUAUUUACAUCUUUUAACUUUUUGUUAAAUUUUCACAUUUUUGGAAAUAUCAUCGUCAUCAUUAUCAUCAUGGCUAUAUCGUUCUAAAUUCUUCAAACUUCCCCCCCCCACCUACCUACCCUACUCUUCCUAUUACUGCUAACAUUAUCAGCGAAAUUAUUUAGAGUUUAAUAACAAGUAUAUCAAGAUAUGGAACAAUAUUGUAAUAUGUUAAGUAGACUUGGGCUUCUAUUCAUCUCUUUAAAUUUAACAUUAUUAGUUAUUAUUUCAUUUAAACAACAUUUGUAUUUAGUUUAUCUCAGGGCGUAUAAAGUUUCAUUGAAUGUUCUACAAAUAUUUUAUGUAGCUAUAUUAUUAUUAUUAUCAUCGUUAUUAUCACUUAGUCUCACCUUUUGUAUUACUCUGAAGCAACAAUACCAUCAGGAUAUAUGCAUAUCAGUAUAUGCAUAUACACAUAUAUAUAUAUAUGCUGUUCUUAUCUCAGGGUUAUUAAAUAUUCAACUCAGGUAUUUGUUUAUCCUAUUGUUAUUUCUAUUUCAAACUCUUUCUUUCUUUUAUUCAAUAUUUUCAUUUAUUACCUUCAUCAAUUAAUUUGUGUUUUUCCUCCAAUCUUUAUCAACAUGAAUAGUAUCUAUUGUGCGAAUUAGUUGAAAAUCAAAGAAUUAGUUAUAUAAUAAUUUCACCUUUCAAUUACUCAGGGAAUUCAAUAUAUUCUUAUAAUUAAUUAAGCUUGUGAGCUCUAUAUUCUUAAUUUUUUGUAUCCAUGUGUUUAUAUGUAUUAACAUUUACAGUAGCAUCAUAUUGUUAUUUGUCAUUGUCAACUAGUUCAUUGUUUUUUUUUUCUUUUGCAUAUUUUUUGCUCUGUAAGAAUUCAGUCUCUUUGUUUAAUUAUCUUUUCCCAUUGUGCUUUCAAUUAUCAAUUAUUUAUUAUUCUUUACUGCUUCUCAUUACAACACAAAUAUCAAUCAUGUUUUGUUUAAUUAAAAUUAAUUAUUUGUUGACUUCUAUCCUUUCACAGUUUGAUCUUGAUAAAACUAUAUAAACGUAUGAACGUUUUAAGUGUUCUGAUUGUUUAUUUUCUCUUUUCGGAUUAUUCUUCAUUUCUUUGUGUUCUGUUUUAUAUGAUUCUUUCUUUCUUUUUUCUACUAUUUCAAUUAACUAGUCUAAUCUCUUGAUAAGUAAAUCGGAUGAAAGUUAUAUCAACAUGCUUGUACACAUUUACAUGAUAAAAACUUGUCGACCGUGAAUAGUUAUCUCUUUUUACUUUUUGUUCUCUACUGAUUACAUCUGUUGAACUAUUUUCUUUUUUCUGUUGUUGUUGGUAUUUUGUGAACUUUAAUAAAUAAAAUAAUCACUGGGAUAAUUGAAGUUAAUCUCAAUGAUAUAUAUUCAUUCCAUCAAAAUUGUUCAUUGUGUAAGCUAAUCUAAGACUUAAUUAAUAUCUAAUGGAAGAGAUCGAUUUAAUUAAUUAACGAGUGAUCAUUGUUUUUUGUUUUGUAUAACAAAAACCAACCUUAUUUUGUAUUCUCUUGUACACCAUUCAUAAAGUAAGAUAUAUAUGCAUAUAUAUAUAUAUAUAUAUAUAUAUAUAUAUAUAUAUAUAUACAUAAAUGCAUAGUUGAUACCCGCUUGUUUGUAUGUUUGUUGACAUUACUAUUUCUUGUUCAACCUGCUUAAUUAAUAUUUACAUUUCUGAUAACAAUGAUAUUACUAUUACUACUACAAUUAUAAUUAUUAUCAAUGCUACUAACGAUACUACUGAUCAUAUUACUAUUACUAAUUUUGUAAUCUUUAUUAUCAUCAUGAUCCUACAAGGAAUAUCUAUUGUUGUCUGUGUAUGUUUAUUUUUAUUCUCUUGUGUAUGCGAAUGGAUCCGUGUAAAUUCAGUGGUGUGAUUUCAUUUACAAAUGAAACUUCUUGUUUCUGUUUGUUAUUAUUCUUUCAUUAUGGUAAUUAUUAAAAUUGUCAUUAAAUUCAUUCGUUUUUCUUUCUUUAAGUUAUUUAUACUGUUUUCUGUGUAUUUUACAAUCUUACUAUACUACAAAUGAUAUGAUUUAUUCGCCUCUUUUUUUUUCUUUCUAUUAAGAAAAUCAAUUGUUUACACAAAUACUACUUGUGUGAAAAAAGAAAACAGAGACAGAAUAAUUCAUUGUUUUCACCAUUUGUAUUCAAUAAUAAAUUCAAAAUAUAAAAACAGUAUACAUAUAUAUUUGUUUGUGAUUAUAGACUUCCUUUUGAACAAUUCCUAAAAUCUUUAUUACUUUCAUUCUGUUUUCUUCAUCCAACUUCUUGGAAUGAACUAUAUCUUUUAUCUUUGUUUAGUUUUCACUGUUCUUAAUAUAUCUUAAUCAAUAGUUAAUCAUUGAUACUGAUACGCACAAAAUACAUUUCAAUAGUCAUUAUCUCAGGGACCGUUUGUUUCUUUUGCCUUGUCGUAUUUUUCAAUGUAAACAAAAUUGAAUGAAUUAAGUUAGUUAAUCGAGUCUACUACUAUCGCUUAUUUCAUUUCUUCCAGGAAUUCAUCAUUUAUCUUGUUUCCUAAACAAACAGUUCAAUAUUUUGUUUUUUUCUUCUUAACUUUUGUUUCUCUGUCGAAUAAUUUUUUCAUUGAUGGUGUUCAAAAAAUGUUGGCUUUUUGUUUUUAAAAUUGAUUCAUUUGUUUCAUUAUCUGGUUGGUUUCAUCAAAUUAUUAUUGUUCCUCCAUACAAGUGAUAUAAAAAAACAUAUAUACAAUCAUAUGUAUGUAUAUAUACAUAUAUAUAUAGUAACGGGUGCUUUGUUUCUCA